AUGGAUAGGAAUAGGAAAUUGUUAUUGACAGUGGGGUUGUUAUUCCAUUUCUUCUACCUAUGGUCCAUCUUUGACAUUUAUUUUGUGCUGCCGUUGGUUCACGGUAUGGACCACCAUGUGUCCACUUAUGAACCUCCAGCUAAGAGACUUUUUCUUAUUGUUGGUGACGGCCUCAGGGCAGACAAGACGUUUCAGAAAUUGACACACCCAAGAACAGGAGAGUACAAAUAUCUCGCACCUUAUUUGCGUAGUCUAGCCUUGAACAAUGGAACGUGGGGAAUAUCAAAUACUAGGAUGCCCACUGAAUCACGCCCGGGACACGUGGCCAUGAUUGCCGGCUUUUAUGAAGAUGUUUCGGCAGUCACCAAGGGUUGGAAAGAGAAUCCGGUGAACUUUGACUCGUUUUUCAACCAAUCAAGACAUACGUACUCAUUCGGUAGUCCCGAUAUUUUACCAAUGUUUGCCUAUGGUGAUGGCGUUGUGCCUGGGAGAAUUGAUGUUUGCAUGUACGCGCAUGAAUUUGAGGACUUCACCUCGAGUUCAAUAGAGUUGGAUUCUUUUGUUUUCAAACAUUUUGAUGAUCUUUUGACUAAUCUGACAACAAAUGCAACCUUGCAUGAUGAAUUACACCAGGAUGGAAACGUAUUUUUCUUGCAUUUGCUAGGCCCAGAUACAGCAGGUCAUGCUUAUCGUCCUUACUCUGCUGAAUAUUAUGAGAAUAUUGAAUAUAUUGACACCAUGUUGGAGAAAGUUGUGCCUCAAAUUAAUGAAUUUUUUGGCGAUGACAAAACUGCAUUUGUGUUUACUGCCGAUCACGGUAUGUCUGACUUUGGGUCCCAUGGAGAUGGUCACCCAGAUAACACUAGGACACCAUUAAUUGCUUGGGGUGCUGGUCUUAACAAGCCUGUUCAUUUGAAAGAUGUGCACCAUUUAGAGGCGCAAUUACUCAAGCAAGACCCAAUAAGAAGCGGAUUUGAGUCUACAUAUUUCGAUACCUGGGAAUUGGAUCAUUUGGUAAGGAAUGAUGUCAAUCAGGCGGACAUUGCCUCGUUGAUGGCAUAUUUAACAGGUGCUAAUUACCCAGCAAACUCAGUUGGAGAAUUGCCAUUGGGCUAUCUCGAUGCCACUCCGCAAAACAAAAUCAAGGGCCUUUAUGCAAAUGCUUUAGCCAUUGUUGAGCAGUAUAUUGUCAAGGAGAAGGAGGUUUACAGUCAUCAAUUCAAAUUCAAACCAUACGAGCCAUUUGAAGAGAAAACGAUUAAAGACUACCAGAAGGAGAUUGAGAGUAUGAUUGAGUUGCUUAAGGAGGCCCCUGAUCCAGAAGUUGAGAAGUUGGCUAUUGAAAUUACAGAAGAGUUGAUGAAGAAAACAUUGGCCGGGUUGAAUUAUUUGACCACUUAUAAUUGGGCCCUUCUUCGCUCUAUUGUGACAUUGGGCUUUUUUGGCUGGAUAGUGUAUUCCUUCAUUUUAUUUUUAAAGCUCUUCAUCUUGUCAAAGAGUGACUUGAAAAAAGUCAAGAGUCUGUACUCACCGGUGACAUUGGCAUCUUUUCUGGUGUUGGGAACAUCACUUGGGUAUUUGUUAUUCUAUCAAAGUUCUCCGAUCAACUACUACAUGUACACUGCUUUCCCGCUUUAUUUUUGGUACACGAUUGUGGUGGAAUUUCAACACUUGAUUGAUGGAGUGGGGGAAUUGUUACGUGGUGUUUCCCUUGGUGGUAAAAUAUUAAUAUUCACCAGCUUCCUCGGAAUGUAUGAGGGGAUCGCGUAUGGAUUUUUCGAAAGAUUCACGUUUUCAAUCAUAUUCUGUGUCGUUGGUGUUUAUCCGGUUUUCAUACUGGACUCGCACAAGAUAUCUGGAUUGAUGAAAUUUUUGUGGUUUUUCAGUUGUCUCUUCAUGUGCAUAUUCACCAAUCUCAACCCAAUAAAGACGGAGAAUUUGCUUCUAAUAAACUUGGGUGCUGCACUUGCAUUUAUUAUAAGUAUCGUGGGAUUCAAUGAAGUAGAAAAGAGGAGCUACGAUAUUGGAUUCCCACAAAAGGCUAUAACUUAUGCUCAGAUAUUCGCUAUUCCACUCAUCACAUACGCAACUGAUGUGUCGGUGGUGUCUUUACAGUCUCGAAAUGGUCUUCCUUUGUAUUCACAGAUUAUUGGCUGGGUGAUAUUUGUGACUUCACUUGUAGUGCUCCCAGUACUCCAUUCCUUCUACCCAUCAAAAGACUACAGGUUUAGAUUGUUGAUCAUAUUCAUAACUUUUGUGCCAACGUUUGUGAUUUUCACAAUAUCUUUUGAAUUGUUGUUUUAUAUUGGAUUCUCCUUGGUGUUACUACAAUGGCUUACGAUUGAGGAGCUUCUCAAGUAUUCCCAAGCGGAAAUAUUGAAGGAACAGAAAGAAACAGGAAAAUUACCCCAAGGCUACUGGGUUCAAGUGAUUAGGAUUGCUAUAAUUGGGUUUUUCUUUUUGCAAGUGGCUUUUUUUGGAACAGGUAACGUGUCGUCAAUUUCAUCAUUUUCAUUGGACUCGGUUUACCGAUUGAUACCCGUUUUCAGUCCAUUUGCCAUGGGAGCUUUGCUAAUGAUAAAGUUGAUCAUUCCAUACGUGUUGCUCUCUACAUGCUUAGGUAUCAUGAAUCAUCAAUUGGAAGUUAAACGAUUUACAAUUUCCACAUUGAUCAUAUCCACCAGCGAUAUCUUAUCAUUAAACUUUUUCUUUUUAGUGCGGACAGAAGGGUCCUGGUUGGACAUUGGUGUGUCGAUCUCAAAUUAUUGUUUGGCAAUUUUGUCGUCAUUGUUUAUGUUGAUCUUGGAGUUGGUUAGUUCGGUUAUUUUGAGUGGUGUUGAGUACAUUCAGACAGAUAAGAAGUUGGAUUACGAACCUAUUAGUCAUAGAGUGAGGAAAAAGAAAAUUACAUAG